AGUGGUAAGGGUUGGCACACUUAUUGACAUUAUUGCGCAUGUUGGCAAGUAGGGUCUCAUGAGUGAUCAGACAUCUCUGCCGUAUCAAGGUAUAUUUAACUUCAAUAUUAAUAACAGGUCAACGGACGCUCAGCACAUGGCAAUGUCUUACUAUGUAAGUCAAUGGAGUGGUUUUAUAAUUGAAUGUAUUCACCAUAUUCAUGUCAUAAGACACUUCUAAGUCUGCUCUUCCAGUUCUAUGAUUGUAGAAAAGUGGUUAUGUAGUAGUUUGUUUCUUUCAAUUUCUCUUCUAAUUUACUUAAAUGCCUCUUGUUUUUACAGCCACAAACAGGUCCACGCUUAGGUAAGCCCACUGACUUAAUAACUUUCCCCUAGAAAGUGUAGGCGUACCUGGUCCUAACCCGUUAUAUUCUAUCCGCCACCCGGAACAACUGCAACGGGUUUUUUACGGCGGUAUGCCACAACCUCAUUGUUUUUACAUGCCUGUCCCCGACGUUCAGUCGCAUGACCAAAUGGGUGUCGCUGCUCACACUGACUGUACUCAGUACCAACAUGCUUUCGGCAACCCUGUUAUCUCUCCUAUCCAAACAAUCCCCAACCAGGCAAGUGGAAACCAACUGUCUAAUACUGCGCUAUUUAAGCCAGUCCGUGAGAAAAAACCAUUAAGUGUUUUUGAUCCGGUAACAAAAUCAGAAGUCAAUCUAGAAGAAGCAUCAAAAGUCCAUUCUGAACCACGGAAGAAAGAACCAUUAAUUAUACAACCUAAGGCAGAUGAAUCGCCUCCCAUAUCUCAAACAAAAGACGAAAACGAAAAACCUGUUUGCACUGAGUAUAAAGAUGAAGGUAUAUCAAGCGUAGAGACAACGUCACAAGAAGAUGCCGCACCUAAAGAAAGUGUGACCUCAGACGACUUGUGUAAUGAGGUUCUUGAGCAUGUCAAAUCACUAGAUGAACGUUUGUCACAGGAAGACGAAACUGAGUUGGAUGGUACAAGAGAAGAGGAAGCAAAAGAAGAGACAACAGACAGACAAAGAUAUCCACGUGACUUCAUUCUUUCUUGUAAAUCUUCAGACAAAUCGUUAGAUAACUAUUGGGUAAGAAAUUACUUUUCUAAUUUUGAUUUAAUAAACAGAGAAUCAUGAAUAGCCGUGAAAAUAUCAUAAGGGUAAGUGCUCUUUAAAUUCAUUCUAUCUUUUAGACUCGUAAUCAAUCUAAUUAUAUGCACAAGAGCCGAGUUAUUGAAAUACCCACAACUAUAACUAUCAAGCGUGUAGAAGGUGCUUUCGUCCCGUCAAAACUUGUCAAUCACGAAGCCAAUAAUGUAACAGAUAGCUCAAAAGAGGUUGCUCGAGAGCUAAAUAUGAUUUUGAACCGCGUUUCGGCUAGCAAUUUAGAAGUAACUAUUAGUGAUAUUGAGAAGCUUAACAUCUCAACUCCUGAAGACCUCAGUUUAUUGGCAAGAACCAUUUUUCAAAAAGUUAUCAGGCAGUCAAAAUACAGUAAAGUUUUCGCGAAUUUAUGUAAAGAGCUGAAAGGGUUGGAAAUACAGGGUUCAGAACGCUUUCCAGUGUUAAUUCUGCAACAAACACAAGAGCUGUUUAACAAACCAUUAGAUGUCCUGAUAACUGAAUUAAAUGCUACCAUUGAUGCUAAAAUUGCAGCAGCCAAGGAUGAAUCAAUAAAACGGAUGCUUGAAGAUGAUCGAGAGACAAACAUUCAAAAGACAACUGAUUCUUAUUAUGGAAAUAUGACGUUCAUUGGUGAACUCUAUCUUGUUGGAUGUAUUCCAAUCAAAACUAUGACUGAAUGUCUAAAGAAAUUGAAAGAUUCUUCAGCUCCCGAGGCGUUAACCUCUCUCAUAAUCCUUCUAAAUAUAUGUGGCAGUAAUCUUGAAAAAAAUUCCAAGUCUGUUUUGGAUCUGUGCUUUAAGCGACUCGAACAACUAAAAGACUCGAAGAACAUUGAGACUCAUCAAAUUUUCAAAGUACGAGAGCUAGUGGAAUUACGUUCACGUGAUUGGAAAUCUGCUAAUAUUACCCAACCUCAACCACAAGUAGAUACUUCUAGACGAAAUACAGAUGAUAAACUAAAACGAAACUUCAUUCAGUUAGAUACAAAACGUAAAUCUGUUCAGUCAGUGAAUCCCUUAACGCCUUCCAGUUUAGCUGUUACUCCACAAUCCUACGAUUCCCGAAAACUUGGUCCAACUGUGGCUAAUUGGAGUCAAGGUAGUGGCUUACUACGGCCUUCUGAAGAUAACCAUUCAAAACGCAAUCUACAGUCAGUACAUUCUCGUGAAUCAUCCCCACGUGUCCCUGUGGGACCACAGGGUGCAUGGGCCCGUCCUUUGCCGGUAGGACAAAAAGUUAAGGAAAACGACUAUGAAUCGAUGUUUGAGGAAACGAAGGGUUGCGCUCGUUCAAUAGUGGAUACAGUCUCAAGGUCGGAUGAUGAAUGUCAUCAUACUAUUAUUAAGUGUGAGCCUGAAAAACGAUCGGCUUUACUCCACAAUGUAUUUGAGAUUCUAAUGGACUGCAACUCAAAAAAGCGAAAUGAGGUUGGUCGCUUUUGUGUAGAUAUGCUUCACAAAGAAAUCCUUACAGAAAAUAAUAUUAUUGCAUCAUGUGAAAACUUUUUCAAAUUAUGCGAUGGUGACUGGAUUUCAGAUUAUCCACAGGGUUGGCUUUACGUUGCAGAAAUCCUUCAUCAUCUUAUAUGUGGCGAAUCCAAUUAUAUGACCACUCUUCUGCGGUCAGUUGAGUCUAUCCGGUCUGAUAACCGGGCUGCUGAAUUGGUAGCAGACUGUAUUAAGCUAAGCAAAGCAUCUACAAGUGUUGAGCAACUUGUAAAGAAACUUCAGGCCUGUGACUUUAUGUGGGACAAACUCGGUGUUACAGGAAGCAAAACUUGGGACUUUGCUUAUGAGCGGUCCAUAGAGUUCACCAUAUGCGGUGUUUAUACACACGAAUCUGGAAAACUCAAUGAGCUUAAUGAACUAACUACAAACCCUUCGUCCUCUGAUAAAAUUUCCAGUUAUUUUAAUUCACUAUCUCAACAUAAGCUGUCUAAAUGGUUUAUGCAAUCGAUCAUGCCAAUUUUGCUAAAAUCUCCAGAUCAAUCAAAAGCGAAGAUAGACUCGUUUGUGAUGUCCCUCGGUAUUUUGGUUGACCACAAGCCUGACAGAGAGUUUCACAUUUUAAGUGGCUUUCAAGAUCCGUCAUCAAAUCAAGCUCUUGUCGGAUCGUGGCUUACUUCGCUAGUUGAAAAGAAAGUGAUAUCGGCAGAUGCUUUAUCACAAUGGAAAAAAAGUGAUACUGAUGGUUCUGUAGUCGAAAUUCUCUCCGGUAUCCCUGAAUUAAGGAACUUAUAGUGUUUUAUUUUAUCUUUUGAUAAUUCUUUUUAUAAGAGCAGAUUUUCUUUUUAUCUAAAUUGCUCACAUAAGACAAUGUGCUUAGUUAUUAUUGCUGAAGUGAUUAAAUAAUAAUAAUUCGAAGCAAUUAUAAGUUAGCUUAAUCAGUUGACCAAAAUAUAAAAUAAAUCAUUGACUUAAUUCACACUACCAUUAGCGUAAUACUGUACAAUAUUAGCAUAUUGAUUGAGACAUUUCAUUCAUUACAAGAAUGUCACGUCACGUAAGCUUGUUCGUUGUUAUCAAAAUCUGAAAAAAAAACUAAUGAUGAGAAUGGUUUUUGUUUCUAGCCUUAUAUCAUAAACAUGUACUUCAGUUUUAUAAUCUUCUUUAUUAUUUCCCCAUAUUCUCUCUCUUUGUACACACAACUAUUUUUUAACAUGAAUACUGCCGUAUUGGAAGUCGCAAAUUAUAGUACAUUCUCUAUUAGUUUUGUUGAUUUAUUCUUCUUGAAAUGCAUAAGUAUUUCCAUCAGUUAUUGAUCAUUUUUUGUGAUUGUCUUGACCAAUUUUAAAUAACUUCGUCCUUGAUUAUUGUGAAAACAAGAGAGAUCGUUGAGCACGUUUUUUUUAAUUAUUCUUUCAUCUGUAUUGUCUAAUUUGCUGGGGGCAAUUUAAUGACAGACACUUCUACUCAUGUAUAAAAUACCAGUAGAAGAUACCAACAUAUAUAUAUAUAUAUAUAAACCCUUUAUUUUUUUGUAUUUAAAAUGUCCUGUUUCACUUGUUCAUAUCCCUUUUACUGAUAGUUAUCAUUCAUUGCACAAUAUUAAAUUUGGGCUUCUAAAUGGCGUGAUUUACUGUGAAUAUUCUUUCGUAAUUGUAAAUUGUGGCUAUCAAAAACUUUAUAUGCUGUAAUUCAAUGUUGGGUUUUCGGUUCUUCUAUAAUUGUUCUAUUGCGUGGUUGUUUUUUGUUUGUUUCCUUUUGUGUUUUGUUGCCUAGUUGUAAGGUGUUUUCUUAUGUGUAGAUUUUCCAAUCUCCUUCAAAUAUCUAAUCCAUACUACUACUAAUUAGAAAAAACAUAUUGACUACCCUUACUAACUCAAACGCACUUUGUAUAAACAAAUGUACCUUUGAAUUAUGAAAUGUGUUUACCUUGGUUUUACGUCUCUUUACCAAAGUUCAACAGUAUGAUUUUCUAGCUUUGCUAAACGGGGUACUGGUUUCGAUUACUACAAAGAAAAUAAGUAAAGGUAGUACUUUUACUUUAUUUUCUUUUUGUUUGAACCUUAGUGCUUAGAGAUGCUAAUUUGGUUGUUUGAAAGUAGGUACCAACAUGUCUGUUUAUAGUUAGGUCAUUGUCUGCGUUUGCUGAAUGCUAUCGUUCCAAAAAAUCAGAAUUUGGCCAUCAUAUUUGUUGACAAGGUCUCAUUUGUUGCAAAACGCUUGAUCAUAUUCGAUCUCCAUAGAUAUUUCAGGGGAAUCGUAGUGAAAUACUAACGUAAGUAUUCAUUUGAUAUUGUAUUCCAAAUAGAGAACAUUGUUGUUCUGAAAUUCCACUUUACAAAUGACAGAUUUUAUAUGUGGACUCCAGCUAAUUUUUAGAUAAGAGUAGCAAACAGCACGCGCUAGUUUUCGCUAAUCAUCCAUUAGUUCUAAACGCACAUUGCUAACUUACAUGGAAUGGACAUGGAUUCAUUACCUAAUCAUAUCUUGUGAGGAAUGAAUCACUAAACAUCCUUUUGGGCAGGCGGUUCGAUGCCUUACAUUUUCUACCUGUUUGGUUAAGUACCGGAUAUUUCGGUUGUCUCGGUAGGUAUAAGGUUUUAAUUGAAAUGAAUGCUGUUAUAUGAGUAAUUGCAAAAUAAUUGUUAAUAGGUUGGCGGAACCCCCGUUAAAUUAAAUAUACUAAGUAGUACAUUUUGGGUUGUUGUAAGAAGGGUUUGUGAUGUUAUUAUCUUAAUUAUUACUAUAUGUUAAGCUUACAAGCAGUUAAACACUGAAAGACUAAAUCAAAUGAUCAACUCUGCACAAAAAAACAUUACCUUGAUAUUUGUAAAUGUACUCUCGUUGUAAGUAUGGUAGUUGGUUUUCUUAUAAAUCAGUCAAAGUGGAUGUGCCUGAUUCAUUUGCUUAAGUUGCCAUUCUCCCGUUCGCAAAAUUUAAGCUGUCCAUUCAUAAUCAAACAAAUUUUUCGACCAAAAUUUCUGGGUUGUUAAGCCAUCAUUUAGUGUCCGGUG